GACGGCCUCGGGUGGCCAAUCUCGGCGUGAAAAUGUCCGCCUCAACACCAACACUAGUACAUCACCAGAAUCAUCUUCGUCAGUAAUGAUGAAGGGAGCACUCUUUGCCAGACGUCGAAACAAGCAGUCUUUAGCCUCCCAGCGGAACAACACCGGGCCUAAGGUCACAUGAUGGCGCGUUGCUGUGCGGCAGCCCAUUCCAAGUUCCAGGCGCGUCCGCGGGACCGCAAGGAUGUAGUGAGGUCAUCAUCACUGCAUCGCCCACUGAAAUCCCUCACAAACAACAACACCAAACACCGACACCACCGUUUGCGCAACAAUUGAUUGAUCGGUCUUCCUGUUCAUACAGUACUUUGUAUCAACUGUAUUACAUCCGCACUUCAUAAUUGCGCAAGAUGGUCUCCUCGAAGGGAAAACCUACCGAUCCGAAGCUCCGCGAAAAGGUUAAAGAAGAGAUCAAGAACAAGCCCAACAAGGACGGCGGCGGCAAGGGCCAAUGGUCCGCAUGGAAAGCCACGCAGCUCAGCAAGGAAUACGAAAAACAAGGCGGCUCUUACGAGAACGAGUCCGGCUCCAAGAAUGAGCCGAAAAAGGGCGCCCCAGAACCCAAGCCUGAGGCCAAGAAGAAGGAUGAGACCGCCAAGACGGACGCCAACAGCUCCAAGAAGGAUGCUGGCGAGAAGAAGGCCAACAGCUCUAAGAAGGUCGACGCCCCUAAGAAGGAAACCAAGGCUAAGAGUGCACCAAAGAAGAAAGCGGAACCUAGAGAGGGCACAAGGAAGAGUGCACGGCAAAGUGAGAAGAGGGGUGCGGAGGACGAGGCAGAUGGUGGGGAGAAUAAGAAGAGUAAGAAAUAGAUAUAUGGGGACUAGGCACGGUCGGGGGCUUUGGAGUUUGUGGAGCGUUGGCUAGGGCUUUAGAUACCCGGAUAGGUGCACUAGGAUUAAUACCAUAGGAUAUGUAAUUAUUGGAUGGGUGUUAAUUAGCGGGCACGAUGUUCAUAGAAAGCGUGUGCUCGUUUUGUGCAGUCAUGAUAGCAUUUUAAAUUCCUAUAAGCCAA